UUAAGCCAUUGCGGCCGAAAGGAGCCAUUUCCUCGGCAAUCGCAAUCCAGGAGGCAUUCUAUCCCUUGAAGCAUUUCGAUAAACAGUCGGCGGAGUCGAGAGAGGCUCAAUCAGAUUCGAAAAAAUGGUGAGAGGAAGCAGGGCUCUCUUCAGCAGCAGCCUCAUCAGCAACUCGCUCUUGGAUAUCUUAGUCUGCCCUCUUUCUAAGCAACCCCUAAGGCUCUGCCAAUCCUCGCAGUCUCUGGUCGGUGAUGCCAUUGGGGUUUCCUUUCCUAUAGUUGAUGGAAUCCCUUGUUUGGUGCCGAAGGAUGGAAAAUUCCUCGAGGAAAUGGACAAACAAAAACCUGAUGCUGGUGCUGAGCCAUCAACCUAUUUUAACUUGUGACUGGUGUAAGAUUUUGACCAUAACAGGUCACCACUACUUGAAUAAGGUUAUCAAUAACCUCCAGGUUUAAUUUUCUCGCCAGUUUCUAUUUUUAUUCAUAAUAAAAAUUUCUGAAAUAUGAUGUAUGCAAAGUUUUAUAAGCACCUCAUAGUUUUGUACUACCAUUAGGUUGGCUGCAAUAAUGAAAAUGAACAUUGAUGUAAACUGGAGAUUGUUUUUAAGUCUGAGGGAAGUUUGUUGAAGUUUUACAGUUUUA